AUGAUACUAGAAAAUCACACAUGGGUUACAAAAUUUUAUCUCAUGGGAUUAUCGAAGGAACCAGAACUACAGCCUCUCAUUUAUGGACUUUUUCUUUGCAUGUACCUAAUCACUGUGUUUGGGAAUGUACUCAUCAUCCUAGCCACAAUCUCAGACUCUCACUUACACACACCCAUGUAUUUCUUCCUUUCCAACUUGUCUUUUGUAGACAUAUGUUUCACCUCAACAACAAUCCCUAAGACACUAUUGAAUAUACAAACACAGAGCAAAUUCAUAACUUAUGAAGGUUGCAUCUCACAAAUGUAUUUUGCAUUAUUCUUUGGAGUGGUGGAUGACUUUCUCCUGACUGUCAUGGCCUAUGACCGCUAUGUGGCCAUCUGCCAUCCCCUACACUACAUGCUCAUCAUGCAUCGCCGCCAGUGUGGUCUGCUAGUCCUGCUGUCCUGGAUCAUUAGUGCCCUGCACUCCUUGUCACAUAGCUUAAUGGUGUUGCGAUUAUCCUUCUGCAUGGAACUGGAAAUCCCACACUUUUUCUGCGAAAUCAAUCAGAUGUUCCAACUUGCUUGUUCUGACACCUUUGUUAAUGAUAUCUUGAUGUAUUGUGCAGAUGGGCUAUUUGGUGUUGGCCCUUUUGCUGGUAUACUUUACUCUUACUCUAAAAUUAUGUCCACUAUACAUGGAAUAUCAUCAACACAGGGAAAAUAUAAAGCAUUCUCUACCUGUGUGUCUCACCUCUCAGUUGUCUUUUUGUUUUAUUGUACCACACUAGGAGUGUACUUUAGCUCUAUUGCCUCCCACAAUUCACACUCAAGUUCAGCAGCGUCGGUGAUGUACACUGUGGUCACACCCACGCUGAACCCUUUCAUCUACAGUCUGAGGAACAAAGACAUAAAAGAGGCGCUGAAAAAACUCAUUGGGAAGGAAUCUAUGAAAGGAUCAAAUGUCAUGAAAAGGAAGUUCCCAUGA